ACCAUCCGGUUCCCGCCAUGCCUACUCGGGCGCUGGCGCCGGCGCCGGCUUUAUCGACCGCGGAGGCGGUGGUGCUGUCGCCGAGCCCGCUGAAGCGGCCACGCCCGGUGGCCGGCUGGAGGGCGGGGCACUUUCCGUCGUGCGCGGUGGACGGGUGCAAGGCCGACCUGAGCAAGUGCCGCCACUACUACAUGCGGCACAAGGUCUGCGAGGCGCACUCCAAGACGCCCCUCGCCAUCGUCGUUGGCCGCGCGAUGCGCUUCUGCCAGCAGUGCAGCAGGUUUCACUUACUUGAGGAGUUUGACGAGGCUAAGCGUAGCUGUAGAAAGCGCCUUGACGAGCGCAACAGGCGCCGCAGGACGCCACAGGUGGUUAGCAAGGAUUCUUGGAGCUUUAUGACAACCCAACAAGGUUUGUAUUCAAAUGGAGAGACAAGUUUGGCGUCGUUCUCUGCUCCGAGGGCAGAGCCAAGCUGGUCCGGGAUCAUCAAAUACGAUGAUAGCAAUCCGUACUACACCCACGAGGUUCUUAGCAAAAGCAGGCAGAACUUCACCGGCUCGACGUCGUCCGACACUAUGGAAGGCUGGCACUUCCCCUUUCUACACGAAGGAGACCCAAUGAGCUUCAGUGCAGGCGCGGCGGCCCUCGAGAUCCCCGUGUGCCAGCCUCUCCUGAUGGCCGUCACCCCGCCCCCACCCGAGAGCAGCAGCAGCAUCGUGCUCAGCUCUGAUUGUGUUCUCUCUAUUCUGUCGUCCCCGGCCAACUCCUCCAGCAUGGACAUCACCCAGAUGGUCCGUCCAAGCGAGCAAAUCCCUUCUGUGGCCCAGCAGUGCCUCGUUCCCGACCAGCAGUUCAGCAGCUCCUCCUGGUUCGCCUGCUCCCAGGCCUCCAGCGGUGUCUGCACUGCCGCCGGGUUCGCCGCCUUACCCAGCAUGGACAUCGAGCAGCUCAACACUGGCGCGCAGGUCCUGAGCUGGAACGACAACGAGAUGAACUGCCAUGGGAUCUUCCACGUCGGCGCUGAUGGCUACUCGGAAGGGACGUCGCCGUACUUCCAGUUCUCGUGGCAGUAGAAGUCUUGGGUUCUUAUGUUCACUAACUAAGCUGUGCCCCAUUUAGUUCUCUCUUUUUCAUAUUUCUGUCCUGGA